GCGAGGAGCUCGGAAUCCGGCGCCAUGGAACUCCGCUUCCGCCCUGAAGAUCCUUACUGCCACCCGGCCUUUGGGAAUCUCCAUCCCAGUUCUAGUCUCCUCCCUUAGGAUUCGAAAUCCAGGGGCGGAGCCGAACGUUCCAGUGGCGAAGGAUCCAUUGACGAAGCUAAUGGUGGUGGACGGGUGGGAACACCGGCGCUGGCCGAGAGCCUGUUGGCGGAAAUUGUGGACGGGUGCGCCAUGCGUACCGAUUGAAGGAAUGGUGGACUACCAGCAUGUUUGUUGCGGUCCAUGCUGCUGAGGAAAGAAGAAAGAAGCGGCCUUGGCUUUUGGAGGGAAACUGGAUUUAGAAGAUGUUAGUUCGGGCAUAGAUGGAGCAGAUGUCAUGGAUGCUGAUGCCACCACUCUUCUCGUUGAAGGACAGACCGGAGACCAUAGUGCUUAACCCGUCAGUUAAUUUAUUCUCAAGAAACUUCCAAAGGGGGGUUGUGGAGCACUGUUGGGAGAUGGAUAUCGAGCCGUGCCUUGCAAUUGCUUUCGACAUAGAAAGGGUUCCCAUUAAGAUUAACUGGGAAGAUAACAUACCAAAAGAUACGACUGAGUGGGAGUGGCAGAUGGCUGUAUGCAAGUUAUUUGAGGAACGGCCUAUAUGGCCCAGAUGGUCACUUCAUGAGCGCUUGCUUGAAGAUGGCUCAGACGUCUCCGAAAACCAGCUGAAAAGGCUUCUUUUCAGAGCUGGCUACUACUUUAGUACUGGACCAUUUGGUCGAUUUUGGAUUAGAAAAGGAUAUGAUCCUCGUAAAGAUCCUGAAUCACGGAUGUAUCAAAAAGUUGAUUUUCGGGUGCCAAGUGAGCUAAGAGAUGUGAAUACAAAUACCAAGUUGAAGCACACAUGGAAGGAUUUAUGUCAGUUUCAAGUAGUGCCCUCUAAAAAUUUUGUUUUCUUGCAAUUUUUUGAACUGAUCGAUGAGUUUAUUCAACAUGAAAUUAGAAAACCUCCAGAUCAGAAAACAUGCACACAUGCAACAGGUUGGUUCUCUACGUGGAAGCUCAGAACCUUGAGGUUGCAUGUGAGAAUACGGUUCCUGUCACUAUAUCCUAAUGGGGCUGCAGAUGGCUUGUUGCAGUCUGCUCGUGAACUUUAUGAAAGGUCUAAGAAAGAGGAAGUUUUUAGUAGAUUUCAGAAACCUGAAAAGGAGGCUCAACAUUUCAAUGGAGUUCCUAACUGUUCUGCUGAGGCGCCAUGUACUGAAUCUAAGGAACAUGAACAAGAGGAUCAAGAUGGGCCUAAUAAUUGUGAAGUUGAGGAUGAAGAAGAGGAGGAAGAGGAACUGGACGGAUAUGAAUAUCCACCUGUGGUACGUGAAGAUGGUUAUUUCCCACUUGAUGGUAACUCUUAUAAUAUUGGAGAAGGCAUUCCAAAUAAUUACCUGCAAGAGCUUUUGCGUGGCUUUGGUAAGGAGUCUCAAUCUAAUGAUACGCUUCAAGGUGCUGACUUAAGUGAUGGUGAGUAUCAGAUAUAUGAACAAGAUAGCGAUGAUAAUGACUACGGCGAUGAUGGUGAUGGUUCCAUAUAACAGCAUGGGAGAAAAUUUUCGGUAGCAGAUUCAAUCAGAGGUUUAAUGGACCAAAAACAUAGGAAAAUCAGAGAGGAAUAGUUUUUUAAAAGUCCUGCUAUGUAUUUAAUUCGUAUAAGGAGAGAUGUCUGUAGGUCACAUAAAGAGAGACGUUGGUAGUCAUGCCAUGGCAUGGAUUCUGUGCAGUAAUCUCUUGUGUCUUUAAUAGUUUUUGUUUUCCCUUCCAAGGCAUUGUAUACAAUUUAUGUAUUUGAAGAAAAUAAACGUGUUCUGUUAUGGUGUGGUGUAAGUCCAACUAUUCCACUGGAAAA